CAGCCUGAACAGCGUAAACAGCAGCGACUCUCGCUCCAGCGGCUCCCACUGCCACUCCCCGACCUCCCACUUCCGUUACCGGGCCUCCUCCUCCUCCUCCUCUUCGGUGCUGCCCCAGCAGACGCCGGCCCGGCUCUCCUCCGUCUCCUCCCACGACUCGGGCUUCAUCUCCCAGGACGCCUUCCAGUCCAAAUCCCCGUCACCGAUGCCCCCGGAGAGCCUGCAGUCUGUCAGUGAGGAGCCUUCCUCUUCCUCCUCCUCCUCCUCCUCCUCCUCCUCUUCCUCACCCUCACACCUCGAGCCCUGCUCCGGGCAACAACAGUUGCCAAACGGCUUUGAGCAUCACGCUGCCCUCUGUCUGCAUGGAAUGGUACUGCAGACCCAGGACAUCCACCUCCACCCUUCAUACCUCACCUACUCCUCCUCCUCCUCCUCCACCACCACCUCUCCCAUCUCCUCGCCCUCCUAUUCGUCCGUUUCUCCCACGUGGCCGUGGUGUCGCUCAGGCCUCGGCCAAUCAGGAGAUUUCCCGCCUCUUGGCCCCUCUGGGCUCGGAGUGAUCCUGUCAUCCAGAGUCCCAUCCUGGAAGGACUGGGCCAAACCGGGUCCAUACGACCAGCCAAUGGUUAACACCCUGAAGAGGAGCAAAGACAGGAGAGACACUACAGAUCCCAGCAGCCACCAGGGCGCUGAUGUCACCACACCAGGGGAGGAGCCACAGGGGGUUAAAGGAGGUCACUCUUCCUCAAAGGUGGACAGGGAGGCCCAUGAGGAGCUGGCCAGAGCUCUGGCCCGAGGCCUCCAGCUGGACAUCCACGGCUCCAGCAGGGACUCGCUGCAGGGCUCCAGCGGCUACAGCAGCCAGACCAACACUCCCUGCUGCUCAGAGGACACCAUCCCCUCACAAGUGUCAGACUGCGACUACUACUCCGUCGGAGCAGAUCAGGACGGUGAUCAGCAGCAGUCGUCGGACUUUGAUAAAUCCUGCACCAUCCCGAGAAACAGCGACAUCAGUCAGUCCUACCGCCGCAUGUUUCAGUCCAAACGUCCUGCUUCCACUGCCGGUCUGCCCUCUAACCCCUCUGCUGUCAUCACCCCGGGGGUCGCCACUAUCCGACGGACACCGUCCUCCAAACCCAACUUGCGGCGUCCCUCUGGGGGCCUCAGCUUGGGCCCCAUUCCCAUCAAGCCCCCCAUGAUCCCAGUCAAGACCCCCACCGUGCCUGAUCAUCCCGGUUUCCCCACUCGAUCGGUGUCAGAAGAUGGCAACACUGCGCGGACUCCACUAAGCCCCCCGACCACCCUUUUGUCACCAGGCAACAAUGGGCCGUUGUCGCCCAAGUCCAUCCCCUGGGAGACCCAACACCUCGGGGAGGGAUCGGAUCCUCCCACCCCACCACCGCAGCCCAGCGGUCGGGUCGAGUGGGAGCGCCGACCUCUCCCAGAGCUCCUGGAGGAGACAGAAUAUGGCGAGGUCGAGGACUUUCUGGUGGCCAUCCGACGAGGCGUCAAGCUCAAGAAGACGACGACCAACGACCGAUCAGCGCCAAAUAUUCACUGAGAAUACAAGGGUUGGUUUGACUUGAGCCAUUUUGCGUCCCUAGUUGGAUAUAAUGUUGAAGGGAAACAAAAUGGUUACUGCUAAGUAAAAGCAAAUGGGAGCUACAACAUGAAAUGAGUGGCAGGAACAGGAAAAAG